CUGGUUACGCAUUACGACCCAAGCCUACCAAUUACAGUCGCUGACGAUACAUCCCAAUUUGGCGUCGGAGCCGUCAUCUCCCAUACGUUCCCAGAUGGAUCCGCCAAGGCGAUUGCUCAUGCAUCUCGCACGCUAUCGGCAGCUGAGACAAAACUAUGGACAAGUGGAGAAAGAAGCGCUAGCCAUCGUGUUCGCCGUGAAAAAGUUCCACAAGUUCUUGUACGGCAGACGUUUCACACUUCUCACGGACCACAAGCCCUUACUGACCAUAUUCGGGUCAAAGAAAGGCAUUCCAGCAUACUCCGCCAGCCGAAUUACCGCCGCAUAGCAGACUUCGGACAAGCAGACGGAUUGUCUCGCCUCAUCGGAACCCACCAAACGGGUGAUGAAGACAACGUGAUCGCAGUCGUCCAAGUCGAGGAGGACGUCCAACGUCAACUGGCAGAUAGCAUCAGAGGCAUUCCAGUCACUGCCUCCGAUAUACGUGAUGCAACCAAGCGAGACUCCGUACUCCAAAAGGUGAUGAAGUUCAUCAACACCUCCUGGUCACAGAAGAGCAAUGAGUUUCGCCGGCAGAACUGCUAA